ACAGUGAGCAUCGUGUGAGGAAAGUUUGCAGUUUCUUCUAACGAGGAUUUCUGUCAGGUGUCACUUCAACAAGUUCCGCCAAAAUUAAACACGGGAAGAAUGACUGGCAAACUGUGAGCUUCUGCUUGAGUCAUUUUGACUGUUUUUGCUAAUCUUUCCGUGUUUUGAUCGUGGGAAGUUUCAGCCGUCGAGAAGAUUCGACUAUAGCUUCUUUUGCGUUGUCCCUCAAAACUUUUUUACUACUCUCCUUUUUCCAAGGUCCUAGAAUGACAUCUGCAACAGAUCUCUGGCAUUCAGGGAUUGAUAAAUGGCUGCACGAGAUCCUGGGAUUGUCCCUUCUCGCCCCUCGAUUUCAGCUCACUGGAUUUUUUAAUCUAUUUCAGGAGCUUUCAGGAAUGCUUCCAUUUGAGCACUGACAGCUGCGAUCUCGAACAGAGCUCUGCAUCAGCAGGAUCGGGAAAGGAAGUUGGGUUUCAAACCUUUGAGGAUCAUGGUCUAGGAGCUGAGACAACAGCAUAAACAAGUAGCUCUGUGAGCUUGUAGAAAGAGUAACGCAACGCGAAGUUUCGGCAGCAGCUUGGCAGAAGCAGCAGCGGCCGUCGAGAAGCAUUGACCAUCUCGUGAGUCUAUUUAACGUACGCGCUGGGGCGGCUUUCCAUUUCUUCAACUUUGCACUGCUAGAUCUAUGGUGAAGCUACAGCAACUCGGAAAUGAACAAGAGCAAGUCGUUUUCUCAAGCUUGGUGGUGCAUCAUCCUGCUGCUUGGUCUAGGGUUGGAAUCGGCAUCAGCAGCAGGUGUUGAUCCAAAGCUGUGGCGUUCCGGUGAUCAAAAGUUUUCGGGGGUGAUAAUUCCCGGCUUUGCCUCCACAAGGCUCAGGUCCUGGUCGCUGCUGGAUUGUCCCUUCUCGCCCCUCGAUUUCAACCCACUGGAUCCUGUGUGGUUGGACCUCCGAAAGGUUAUCUCGGUACCACAAUGUUGGAUGAAGUGCAUGAUGCUUGAUCCUUACAAUCAGACUGAUCAUCCCGAGUGCAAAUCUCGUCCCGACAGCGGUGUUUCUGCAAUUACCGAGAUGGAUCCUGGAUAUUUCACAGGACCAUUGUCUUCUGUAUGGAAGGAGUGGGUUUCGUGGUGUGUAGAGUUCGGUGUUGACGCCGAGUCCAUUGUCGCAGCACCUUAUGACUGGAGAUUGGCGGGUCCAGUUCUCGAAGAACGAGAUCUGUACUUCCACAGGCUGAGGCUAACUUUCGAGACGCUUCGGAAGCUGCGAGGGGGGCCGUCACUCGUUUUCGCGCAUUCUCUUGGGAAUAAUGUGUUCAGAUAUUUUCUGGAAUGGCUGAAACAAGAAGUACCGCCCAAACUGUACACUACUUGGAUUGACGAUCACAUUUUCACGUAUCAUGCUCUAGGUGCUCCUUUUCUAGGAGCUCCAGAUGCUCUGAAAGGCGUUCUUUCUGGGGUGACUUUUGGAUUACCAAUUUCAGAGGGUACAGCUCGAAUCAUGCUUGGAACUUUCAGUUCCGGUUUGUGGAUGUUGCCGUUUUCUGACAACAAACCACUGUCUCAAAGGAAUACGACCAAAACCGAAGGCUUAGUUGCUCCAGACUGGCCUGUCAACGUGCUUGAGGUGGACAUGCCAACUUCUGGGGUGCUCUAUCCUGGUGAGUCUUUCGAAAACGGAGCCCUUGCAGCUCUAGCAAAUUACACAGUUCCUAUCCAGCGCUUUUAUUCAGCUCAGAAAAUAUCGGAUGGCACAAGCUUCAAGGAGAUGGGUGAAUUUGAUCCUCAAGCUAAACUGGCUUUCUAUCAGCUCAAGAAAUACUACUUGGAUAAUCCAUUGUUUAAUCCACUAACUCCAUGGGAGCGGCCGCCGAUCAAAAAUGUGUUUUGCAUGUAUGGUAUCAAUCUUAAGACUGAGGUUGGCUAUCAACUGUCUCCGAGUGGAAAGCCGUACCCAGACAAUUGGAUUAUCAAGGAUGUCAUCUAUGAAACAGAUGGAGGUUCGUUGCAGACAAGGUCAGGAUUAGAUGUCGAUGGAAAAGGUGGUGUUGCGAGUGGUGAUUCCACAGUACCAUACCACUCUCUUUCUUGGUGCAAGAGAUGGCUGGGUCCACGCGUGAACAUCACAAGAGCUCCUCAAACUGCACACGAAGGUUCAGACAUUCAAGAGGUUUUCGACGUGGAACACGAACAUGGAGGUGAUCUUGUAUACAACGGGAGCCGGGACAGUCGAAUAAAAUACAUCACAUACUAUGAGGACGCUGUUGGACUGGCAGGGAAGAAAACCGCGGUUUGGGAGUUUGACAAAAUUGAUCACAGGAAUUUGGUCCGCUCGCCUGUUCUACUCAGGGAACUGCUACUAGAAAACGUUCACAAUUCCCACCCACAAGCAGUGAGAAGUUUCGUCUCCAAAGCUAGACGAGUACCCUUGCGAGACGAGGACUGCUAUUGGGACUACUCAAAGGCAAAGUGCGGCCUUUUGGAUUAUUGCGAAUACAGAUACGUUUUCGGGGACGUGCAUUUGGGACAGAGCUGCAGACUCAAGGCUUCGACGGACAAAGACAUCCUACAGUACUUUUAAAGAGAGGGUUUAAAAG